AUGGAUGUAUUCAAAAUAGAUUUGGAAACGACACAGGCACAAAUACGCACUGACGCAAACGAGACAGAGGAGGUGGUGGAGCAGGAGAGGGAGGACGGGGACGAGGACGAGCACGAGGACGAGGAGGAAGAAGUGCUUCUGCCUGAGGUCAGCUUUGAUGCAAAUUCUGAUUUUAAUUUGCAUUUCUUUGACACGCCUGAGGAUUCAUCGACACAAGGCGCCUACAGUGAGGUUGGCUCACUAGAUUCCGAAGAGGAGCAACAACAACGGCAACAGCCAGAGGACUUUCUGGAGGCAGCAACAGCAACAGCAGCAACAAUAACAACAACACAGCAAUCAAGUCUAUCUGCCAAUCAGCAACUGGACGAUUGUUUGAGUGCCAUUGAAGCGGAUCCCUUGCAGUUGCUAAAUUGUGACGCCUACUACGUGGCCAGUCAACAGCAGCAGCAGCAGCAACAACAACAACAACCACAGCAACAGCAACAGCAACAACAACAUCAGCAGACAUCUUUAAGCUGCGCUGCUCUGAGCAAUGGUGGAGGUGCUCUGUACGCCAUCAGCAGUGUGCAUCAGUUCGGUCCAACGUCAACACCAGCAUCAGCAUCAGCGUGCAGCUCCUCAGCCUCAUCGGCUUGUUCUGCAACCACAUCACCGUGCAGCAGCGGCAGCGGCGGCGGCAGCAGCAGCAGCAACAGCAACAGCGUCACUUCGAGCAGCAUCGCAGCAGCAGCAUCUGCAACAUCACCAGCAGCAGCAGCAGCAGCAGCGGUCGCAGCAGUUGCAGCAACAUCUUCAUCGCAUCAGGCGCAUGUGAAUAAAGAGCAACAGCAGCAGCAACAGCAGCAAUCGCAACAGGCGCAGCAGCAGCAGCAGCAGCAGCAACAGUUGCAGCCACAUACGCAACAGCAACCAUUCUGUCUCGCCGAUUCCAGCAGCAGCAGCAGCAACAAUAACAACAGCAGCAACGGCAGCAACACUAACGGCAGCAGCAACAGUAACGGCAACAACAACGGCAGCAACGGCGUCUCCUCAAAAUCAUUUGUGCCGUGCAAGGUUUGCGGCGAUAAGGCAUCGGGCUAUCAUUACGGUGUAACCUCUUGCGAAGGUUGUAAGGGCUUCUUUCGUCGCAGCAUACAAAAGCAAAUCGAGUAUCGUUGUCUGAGAGACGGCAAGUGUUUGGUCAUACGUCUGAAUCGAAAUCGCUGCCAGUAUUGUCGCUUCAAGAAAUGCCUUUCGGCUGGCAUGAGCCGCGACUCUGUUCGUUAUGGUCGCGUACCCAAACGUUCACGUGAGCUGAACGGUGGCACCGGAGCGGCCUCCUCGACGACAACGACAGGCCAUAAUAAUUGCAAUACUUCAGCUUCAGCAGCACUCACGACAUUAAAUGUGGAUGAAACAGCCGCAAAUAAUUUGCAUACUACAAACCCCAAUCAGCAUCAGCUUCACCAACAGCAGCAGCAGCAGCAGCAACCGCAUCACCAGCAACAGCAGCAGCAGCAGCAACACCAACAACAGCAAUCACAGUCACAGGCACAUACCACAACGCACGCGAGUAGCGUGCGUGUGAAUACUCCGAGUACACCACAGACGCCACAAAUGUGUUCGAUAGCCUCAUCGCCAUCGGAGCUGGGCGGUUGCAAUAGUGCCAACAACAACAACAAUGCCACAGGUGCCAGCGGCGUAGGCGUUGGCGUCGGCGUUGUGGUUGUGGGCGGACAACAAAUGGUUGCCGGCAAUAUGGGUGCCGAUGUUGUUGGCCAAGUUGGAUGUGACGGCAUGGCCGGCACUGCAAAUGAAUUGACUGUCUAUGAUGUGAUUAUGUGCGUCUCGCAGGCGCAUCGCCUGAAUUGCUCCUACACCGAGGAGCUGACACGCGAACUGAUGCGACGUCCAGUGUCGGUGCCACAAAAUGGCAUCGCCACCACAGUAGCGGAGAAUCUGGAAUUUCAGAAAAUCUGGCUCUGGCAGCAAUUCUCCGCUCGCGUGACGCCCGGCGUGCAGCGCAUUGUGGAGUUUGCGAAACGCGUACCUGGCUUCUGUGAUUUCACGCAAGAUGACCAACUGAUACUCAUCAAGCUGGGCUUUUUCGAGGUGUGGCUGACACAUGUGGCACGCCUCAUCAAUGAUACGACGCUGACGCUGGACGAUGGCGCCUAUCUAACGCGCCAGCAAUUGGAGAUACUCUAUGAUAUGGACUUUGUCAAUGCGCUGCUUAAUUUUGCCAACACACUAAACGCCUAUGGGCUAAGUGAUACAGAAAUCGGUCUCUUCUCCGCCAUGGUGCUGCUCGCCUCGGAUCGUGCCGGUCUCAGUGAGCCGAAGGUAAUCGGACGGGCGCGAGAGCUCAUUGCCGAGGCGCUGCGUGUGCAGAUCCUGCGCUCCCGAGCCGGUUCGACGCAGGCUCUGCAGCUAAUGCCAGCGCUGGAGGCUAAGAUACCCGAGCUGCGCUCGCUCGGUGCCAAGCACUUCUCACACCUGGACUGGCUGCGAAUGAACUGGACCAAGCUGCGUCUGCCGCCCCUCUUUGCCGAAAUCUUUGACAUACCCAAGGCCGACGACGAAAUGUAGGACGACGGCGCCGUGUCUGGGUGAGAAGAGAUCUAGCGCAACAACAACAGAAACAACAGAAACAACAAAAACAACAACAGCAACAGCAACAAAUAUUAUAAAACUUGUACGUUUAAGGAAUUAGCGUUUAAAGAAAACUGCAUCAAAUACAUACAUCUACUCAACAUUAAAGACGAAACAAGCGAAACCAUACACUUGCAUAAAAAGUAAUUGUCUAAACGUUACGAUUCAACAU